AUGCGCUCCUUCAUCGCCAUCGCGGCUCUAGCCAUUUCUGGCGCCGUCGCUGGUCCUUGCAAGCCUCGAACCACUGAGACUUCUGCAUCUGUCGCUUCAGAGACUUCGUCUGCUGCUAUUGAAGCUACCACUCUUCCUGCACCUCCCGUCGAUUCUAUCAUUACCAACACUUGUACGGGUGGUGGUCUUACAAGCCUCGAUCCGUUUGUCACUGACGGUGAUGUUACCCUUAACACUAACGAUGGUUACAACCCUGGCGGUGGAAGCUCUGACAAGAGCUGCGCUGCGCUUAGUGCCCAGUCUUCGGGAACUCGCAAGCGUCAGACUCUCGGAGACAUCGCGGCGCUGAAGCAGUUGCUCACUGGCCUGAACGUGCGAACUCAGUAUACCGUUCAGUUCUUUUACCUCGUCUUCACUCCUCCCCAGGCAACAACAUCUUGUGUUCUCGAGGCGUUCAUUGGUUCGCAGAAGUUCUUCACCACUGGCAUCUUUUCUAAUGGUGCUAGCGUUAGCUACAACGAGGUCUUGGUCUCGACUUCUGCUCCUGCUACCCAGGGUUUCUUGAACAUCCAGACCACUUGCUCUGCUGGAGGUUCUGCUACAGUGCUUGUUGAUUCUAUCUUCAUUUCUAACCAGGUAACUCCUGAGAACAUCAAUGACUUUAGACUUGACUUUGGAGGCGGUGAUAUCCGUGAGCCUGGUAAUACCCCUGCUACUACUCAGGUUGCUUCGACUACUCAGCGUGGACCUGCUACCCAGACUCUUCCCGCCACCCAAAACGGUCCUGCUACCCAAUCUGAGCCUGCCACUCAGAACGGCCCUUCUACUACCACCAAUGCUCCUAACCAGGGUACUACAACCGCCCCUCAGAACCAAGGCACAGAGUCUACUCAAGGAACCGUCAUCCCCACCGAGACUGCUGUCAACGGAGCUACAACUGCUGGUGGCGAGUCGAGCCAGUCCACAUCCGCUGCCCAGAACAACCAGCAGACUACCGAAACCGCUCAAGGAAACUCCCAGUCCACUGGCACUGUUCAGGCUAAUGCUCAGUCUACCACUUUCCCCGGUACUGGCUCCUCUGAGUCUACUUCAGCCCCUGUCAACGCUGCCUCCCAAGCCACUACAUCCUCCGCCAACGGCGAUGCCUCAACUGAUGGCAACUUUGCUUCCACCACUACACGUCCCGACACCCAGCCUGCUACUCCUACUCCCGUCGGCUUCCAAACCGUCACUGCGUUCGAUCCUGAUUCUACCGUCGGCCCGCUCAACAAUGCUGAGCCUGCUCAGGAUAACUGCGUCAGCACCAACCUGAUCCCCAAUGGUGGCUUUGAGUCCGCAUCAAGUGGUUGGCAGAUUUCCGGAAACGCUGGUAUCACCUACAACGGCCAGUUCGGUCCUCAAGCCCGUGCCAACAGCGGAAACCUCGCCAUGGCUCUACACUGGCCUCAAAAAGACGGCGUCAAAGCCGGUUUCAAGCGCACCAUCAGCGGCCUCGUCCCUGGUCAGACGUACUAUCUCGGCUACGGCCACCACACGGGCAACGGCGCCCAUCUUCCUUACUACGAGUGUGACAUCCUCGUCAAGUUCGACGGUGUCAACUUUGAUGAUUUUGAUCCUUUCUACGACCCUAAUGCUUGGUGGCAGUACCGCAACCGCAUGAACUUUGUCACACCUACGCAUUCUACUGUUGAGCUCUCGUUUGUUCUUACUUGUCAGAACAACCCGGCUUCUUUUACGCUUCUCAUGGAUGAUGUUUUCCUUUCUGCUUGUCAGAAAUAG